AUGGCGGACCGAGUCAAAGUCAUCGAGUCAAAGGAGAGAGAAAUCCUUCAAGCUGCAAAAUCUCUCGAAUUCUCCCUAAAAGAGGUCGAAUUGCUGGAGAAUUCCAUCAACCAAAGGCUGAAGGAAGUGCAGAUGAGAGAAGAUCAAUUGAACGAAAAAAUCCACGCUUUUGAAGUUAAAGUGACGGAAAUUGAUGAACUUAGUAAGGAAAUGGAGGUGAAACGUUGCGAAAUGGUGGAAAUGAAAGCGACGAUUAUGGAGGAGAAUAAGGUGAUGGAGGGAGAAAUUGAAGAGCGUCGAAAAGUGGUGGAGGAGAGAGAAAAUGAGAUGGAUGAACGAUGUCGAGUAUUGGAUUGUAGAGAGAAAGUGUUGAAUGAACGAAGUCAAGAUUUGGUGAUGAAAUUCAAGGAAUUUGAUGAGCGAUGGAAAGUUCUGGAGAUGGAGGAGAAAAAACUGAGGGAGGAUUUACUGGAAUUGAAGGCUAAGCAAAGCAAAGAGGUUACAACUUCUGCACAAACAAAAACCAGAGAACUUCAGCCAGUGGCGUGCAGUGAGAUUCAAUUGUUGUUCAGAAAUAUGGACACAAAUGGCAUGAGGUCUUACCUAAUUAAGCAUUACAAGGACAUACAUAUGAUGCUUAACAAGAUUUCUGAUUCUCUUCCGUUGGCACCUGAUCCAGCAAAGCUUGUUCUUAAUGUGAUCCAAAGUUUUUACGAGCUGGUUAAGUCUGAAAAUAUCCCUAGACAGGUUUACUUUGCUAGUUGCAUAGCUUUGUCAGGAGCAUUGAUGAAACUAAACACUAGUAUCACGCUACAUAUAAAAGAUGAUGCGAUGAAGUUCAGUACCAUGUGGAGAGACUUUAGCGCUAAGCAGGGUUAUACUCGGUCUCAGCUUAUGGAGAUUUUUGCAUUCCUGCAGUUUAUAGCCUCAUACAAGUUAGCACAGUCUUAUGAUGAAGAUGAACUUUUUUCACUUCUCGGGAACUUCUAUACUGAGAGUGAGGUUUGUUGGCCUGAGAAAGACUCCUAUUUGUGCCAGAUAUUGGGAUUGACGAAGAAAAUUCCAGGUUUUAUCCGAUCUCUUAUUAAGAGGGACGAGCAUCUUCGAGCAGUUGUGUAUACAUGUGCAUUCAAGCUUGAAAAUGAUUUCCCACCAGUUCCUUUACUGAAAGCCCAUUUGGAGUGCAUUCAGAAGCGAGUGCAGGAAAUGCUCAAGAAAGAUAGUGACAGAGCUCAGAAUGAUGCUGUCAACAUGGAAAAAUCUGCCCUCAGAGUCUUAAUCAACUGCAUUUCCAAUUUCAAGCUUGAGUCCAGUUUUUCACCUGCUCCUCUGGAAUUACGCAUAAAGCAAUUAGAGAAAGAGAUAGAAGGAAAGACGAGUGCUGAAAGCUAA